ACAUAUUCACCACGAGAUCUGAAUGACAAGAAUAUUAAGGCGUUCGAGAAAAAGUGGAAACGUAGUCAAACCUUGAGGGACACGUGUGAGGAAACUAGGAGGGACCCUUUGAAAUCGUACAAGGAUGUUCUGUUUCUGUCGGACUUCUGCACCACUAUGGGCCAUCUGAAGCCGAAGACGGAAACUGGGUUGAGGCGCCUGAAUCAGAACAAAGUGAGGAAGGCGGUCAGGAGGGCAAAGGCCAUG